AUGAGCUACUUCAUCGCCGCGAUCUCAAAUGGAGGGGGUGCCCCUGAGCAGGCCUACCGCAAAAUGCAAACGGCUGGUGCUUGCCCUGAAAAACCCUUUGCUGAGAUGUUUAAAUUUGAAGUUCCUUCUUUGACAGUCGGAACUCUGGACACUUUAAUGACUUUAAGUGACGAUCUUGUGAAGACAGACCAAGUUGUGGAGAGUAUUGUUCGAAAGAUCAUUGCAACAUCGGCAGAGCUUUUUGAGGGAAAGAGAAUUGAUCAUUCCGUCGGAGGUGUUCCACCUGCUCGUUAUAUCCAACAGUUCGCGUGGGACUCGGCGAAGUAUCCUAACCGGCGGCCAUUGAAAGAGCUUGUAGGCCUGAUUGCUGGAGGGGCAGCUGGAAUAGAAGAAGAAUUGAAGCAACUUACUGCAUCGUUUGCGGACAAGCAAAUAGCCUUACAAGAGGCACAUCGUCGGGGAGCUGGAAAUUUGAUGCAGGCUGAUUUGAACGAUGUUUUGACAGAAGAUAUUAUGCGAAGUGUGAACGUUGUAGACUCGGAAUAUUUGAAGACUGUGUUCAUUGCUGUGGGAAAAUCGACCAAGGAGAACUUCGAAAGCACUAUUGAAUCUAUUGGUAACGAACUUGUGGGAUAUGGUGGGCCAGACUGGAGUCGUGAUGGGUCCAAACUUGGAAAGCCAAUUUCGUUCGGAUCAUCAGUGGACCGUCACAAGGUUCGAGGAUCACCUGUUGUUCCUGGAUCCACACAAAUGGUCCACAAGGAUGAUGACAGUAUCCUCUACGCAGUUACCAUCCUGAAAGGGCAAUACGAGUCUGGAUAUUAUGAAGGAGAUCAAUUCCAAGCUGGAACAAAGAUUGACUUUGAAACUGAAUUUGCACAAGCAUGCCGCGAAAAGCGAUACGUGGUGCGUGAUUUCAAGUGGGAUUCCACGCAAGCUUCAAAAUCGGCAAUGGCAAGAGAGCAACUCCAAGUGGAAGUCGAUGGAAUGAAGAGUGCAUUGAUGAGAUGGUGCAAGACCCACUAUGGCGAUGCUUUUGUGGCAUGGAUGCACAUUAAGGUCAUUCGCGUGUUCGUUGAAAGUGUUCUUCGGUAUGGUCUUCCAGUUGACUUCACUGCUGUUCUCUACAAAAUUCACCCCGGGAAGGAUGGUGAUUUGAUGAAUGCUCUUGACAAAGCACUGGGAAAUGCCACGGAAGAGGACUUGGGAGACGACGAUGGUGAAGAAUAUCAUGAUUUCGUGUUGCUUAAGUUUGAUCCGUGA